GUGGGCCUUUUGAGUGGGAUCUGUCUGAUCGUAGGAACCAUGAUCGGCUCCGGCAUCUUCAUCUCCCCUAAGGCAGUGCUGCUGGAAACGGGAGCUGUAGGACCUUGUCUGUGUGUCUGGGCCGCCUGCGGGGUGCUAGCUACACUGGGGGCGCUGUGCUACGCGGAGCUGGGCACCAUGAUCACUAAGUCUGGAGGGGAAUAUGUGUACUUGAUGGAGGCCUAUGGGUCAGUGAUGGCCUACCUCUACUCAUGGAGCACCAUCAUGGUCCUACAGCCCUCCACCUUCGCCAUCAUCGCCCUGAGCUUCGCAGAGUACACCUCCACACCGUUCUACCCAGGAUGCACUCCUCCCAUUGUGGUCACCAAGUGCCUGGCUGCAGUGUGCAUCUUUCUGAUCGUGUUGGUGAACUGUCUCAGUGUGAAGCUAGCCAACUAUGUCCAGAACUUCUUCACUGCAGCCAAGCUUCUCAUCAUCCUGGUCAUCAUAGUGGCGGGCAUCGUCCUCUUGGCACAAGGAAACACUGAGAAUCUGUCCAACCCAUUUGAAGGAGCCUCAACCUCCUUUGGAUCCAUUGGACUGGCGUUUUACAACGGGCUCUGGGCCUACAAUGGGUGGAAUCAGCUGAACUUUAUAACAGAGGAGCUGAAAAACCCAAACAGAAACCUUCCCCUGGCCAUUAUCAUUGGUAUUCCCUUGGUGACUUUGUGCUAUGUGCUGGUCAACAUUGCCUACUUCAGCGCCAUGACCCCUACGGAACUGCUGCAGUCUCCCGCUGUUGCUGUGACUUUUGGUGACAGAGUGCUGUACCCCCUGUCGUGGGUCGUCCCUGUGUUUGUCGUCUUCUCCACCUUCGGAGCGGCCAAUGGGAGCUGCUUCACAGCCGGCAGGUUGACCUAUGUGGCAGGAAGAGAGGGUCACAUGGUAAAGAUCUUGUCCUAUAUCAGUCUGAAGCGUUACACUCCUUCCCCUGCCCUCAUCUUCAAUGGUAUUCUGGCCGUAUUCUACAUUAUCCCAGCAGACAUCAACAUCCUGAUCAACUACUUCAGUUUACUCUGUUGUUGUUGUUGUGGUUGUAGGGUUAUUCUGGCCGUACUCUACAUUAUCCCAGCAGACAUCAACAUCCUGAUCAACUACUUCAGUUUCGCCCAGUGGGCUUUCUACGGCCUCACAGCUCUCGCUCUCAUCGUCAUGCGCUUCACCAGGAAGGAACUCAAGAGGCCCGUCAAGUGUCCCAUUCCCAUAGCAGUGCUGGUGAUGAUAGUGUCCUGCUACCUGGUCCUAGCACCGAUCAUAGACAAGCCAGAGCUGGAGUAUCUGUACUGUACCAUCUUCAUCCUCAGCGGUCUGCUGCUCUACUUCCCCUUCGUUCACCGCAGGUUCAGCUGGACACGCAGGGUCAUGAGGCCAAUCACCAUGCACCUCCAGCUGCUGAUGGAGGUCGUUCCUCCUGAGAAAAACGAAUAGAGGAAGAUAAUAAACAGCCUAAACUGACUGAUGUGGACAAAUGUAUUUUUGCAUCCCAAAUGGUACCCUUUUCCUUGUUUGGUGCACUACCCCAUAGGCCCUAGUCAAAAGUAGUGCACUACUUAGG